CUACCCUCUAUUAGUCUUUGGUGUUAUCCAACGAAUGUAGGUUGACGUUGUGAUAAAAGAAAAAUGUUCACGCUGUAUUUUUGACUUUUGUCUGCAUCAAAUAAGCACUUUUGUGUCUCUGCUUCUCAAAAAUGUAUAUGAAAAACAUAUUUUUUAAGUGCCCUUCGUUAAUGUUUUUCAAUUGCACAUUAUAAAACUAUUUAGUAACAUAAUUAUUGUACAUUCCUUAAUACAAAAAUUUGCAUUUUGCCGGCAUAUGCAUUUAAGUUAAAGGCGUAGUCCCAAGAUACACAAUGAAUGUUGUUUUUAUGAAAUCAUGACAUUUAAAAUACUGUACAAAAUAAAUAGAUGUGCUACAUAUUUCAUCAAUUCUCAUCAACUUCAUUUUAAACAUGUUAAAGUAGUAUCUUAAUCUUCAGAGCCAGGAUUACCCAAUGUUCACUGUUUACUUUUUUUGAAAAGUUUUUGUUUUGUUUAGUUUUUGAUAUAGUGAAAUAAAAAAAUGGGAACUGCACACAGCUGUUGUUCACAUACAACACCUCCUGCUUCCAGAAAAACAAGACUGCAUGGAACAAUUAGUGCAAACAAUGUUGAAGAACAUAAUUCUACUGAGCAUGAAGUGAGUGUUUCAAAUUUACCUCACAUAAGUGAGCGAGAAGCUGAUGGAGGCGAUAUGGACCCUAGCGUUCAUCCAUCAGCCCAAACAUUAUUUAUGGAACGUUCUCAACAAUUUGUUGAAAAUGGUAUUACAAGGAAAAAGAGUCAACAGCAAAUAUCAGAAUUGAAAAAGUCUACAUCAGAUUUGAGAGUAUUAAAAAAGAGUAGCUCGUGCUCCACAAUAUAUCUUGAUGAUAGCACUGUUACACAACCAAAUUUAAAGAACACUGUGAAGUGUGUUGCGCUUGCUAUUUAUUAUCACAUCAAAAACCGUACUAGUGAUAGAUCAUUAGAUAUUUUUGACGAAAAGUUGCAUCCUUUAACAAAAGACCCAGUAUGUGAUAAUUAUGAUAAACAAAAUCCUGAACAUAGGCAAAUUUAUAAAUUUGUCAGAACAAUGUUCAAUGCUGCACAGCUCACUGCGGAAUGUGCAAUCAUAACAUUGAUUUUAGAAGAGUUGUUGACUUAUGUAGAACUUGAUGUUUCUGCUGCAAAUUGGAAAAGAAUUGUAUUGGGUGCUAUUUUGCUAGCCAGCAAGGUCAUGGAUGAUCAGGCUAUAUGGAAUAUUGAUUAUUGUCAAAUCUUGAAAGAUUUAACCAUAGAAGAUAUGAAUGAACUUGAAAGGCAAUUUUUAGAAAUGCUACAGUUCAAUAUUAAUGUUCCAUCAAGUGUUUAUGCCAAAUAUUACUUUGAUUUAAGAACAUUAGCAGAAGCGAAUGAUCUCUCAUUUCCUAGUGAACCUCUUAGCAAGGAUCGAGCUCAAAAACUUGAAGCCAUGUCUUUGGUAAUGCAAGAUAAAAUUACACAAGAAAUGUUAACAAACGGACUCAAAAAGUGGUCAAGUCUCGAUAAUAUGAACAAUCCUGGAGGCCAUCGCAAAAGUGUGGCAAUCUUGUCAUAAUUUUCUAUUAAGUAUUUUUAUACUAUUAUGCACAUAAUUACUUACAAUUAAAACUAUUUUGAUAAAGAAUUUGCAAAUGAUGUGUAUGUAAUUAUUCCGCAUUCUUAUGCAAUAUCCCUUUGCAACAUGCUACUGUAAGACAUUUGAUAUAAAAAAUUAUAUAUUGUAUAAAAUUUACAACUUGUUAGUCAAUUACGCCAAGAAUUUAUAGCAUAUAUA